AUGGAGAGAGAUAAGGGAGAGAAAGAGAGGAUGAGCGGGCAGGCAGGGAAAUGCAUCACGUACAAACAUCAAUCAGAGUCUGCUCAUCAUAAGAAAGUCUCUACAAGCCACUCAAAGACAACAAUAAGGUGGUACAACUGUGGUCAAGAGGACGAGGGUAAAAACUUGGCAGAUCAGACGACAAAGUUACGCCUUAAAAAUACUAAUUUUCGUCAAUCUUGCUACAGUCCAGUACUGCAAAAAGUAAAUCAACUACCUGCCAAAAAUAAACAAAUGAAAGAUGAUGAGUAUCAACCGCCAUGGAAUCUUACAAAACCAAACAUCAAAAUAUCCAAAGGAGAUAAUGACCGACUGGCGUACGUGAAUGAGACCACGAGUACAGCUCUGAAGUCGGAUGUGCAGGUUCACGUGGAUGCGAAUGGUUCUGCUGACCCAGGUACGAAGAUUGGUGGAGCAGGCAGGCAUUGCAGUUUUCAACAAACAUUCUCUGAUAAGUAG